GGACGAACCCGUUGGUGUAUAUUGUUUGUGACUUUGAUAUAAAUAAGUUGUGACCGAGAGAAAUGUUAUUUAUAUUUCACGGAGCCUGAUAAGUGUGCGUGUUUUCGUCAACGCCGGUUUCCACUUGAUCAGUACCACCAAACUUACCUCAAGCAUCAUGACUACCUACUUCAAUUAUCCACCAAAGGAACUGCAGGAGGAGCUGGCUCGUAUCGCCAAGCAGAUUGUUGCCCCCGGUAAGGGUAUUUUGGCCGCCGAUGAGUCCACGGCGACCUGUGGCAAGCGUUUCGCUGAUAUCGGCGUUGAGAACAACGAAGACAACCGUCGCCAGUACCGCCAGCUGCUGUUCACCGCUGACGAGCGCCUGCAGGAACACAUCUCCGGUGUGAUCCUGUUCCAUGAAACCCUCUACCAGAAGGGCGACAAUGGCACUCCGUUGGCGGCGAUGCUGAAAAGCAAGGGCAUUCUGGCCGGUAUCAAGGUCGACAAGGGUGUCGUCGAUCUGAUGGGCUCGGAAGGCGAAUGCACAACUCAGGGUCUGGAUGAUCUCGCUGCUCGUUGCGCUCAGUACAAGAAAGAUGGUUGCGACUUCGCCAAGUGGCGUUGUGUGCUGAAGAUCGGCAAGAACACCCCAAGCUACCAGGCCAUCUUGGAGAACGCUAACGUGCUGGCUCGCUAUGCUUCCAUCUGCCAGUCGCAGCGUAUCGUCCCAAUUGUUGAGCCAGAGAUCCUCCCCGACGGUGAUCACGAUCUGGACCGUUGCCAGAAGGUUACCGAGACUGUGUUGGCUGCUGUGUACAAGGCACUGAACGACCAUCACGUCUACCUGGAGGGUACGCUACUGAAGCCGAACAUGGUAACCGCCGGUCAGAGCUGCGCGAAGAAGCCAACGGCUGCGGAAAUUGCUGUCGCUACCGUGACGGCACUGCGCCGUACUGUGCCGGCUGCCGUGCCCGGAGUCACCUUCCUGUCCGGUGGUCAGUCCGAGGAGGAAGCUUCCGUGAACCUGAGCGCCAUCAACCAGGUGCAGCUGCUGAGACCGUGGGCCCUGACCUUCUCGUACGGUCGUGCCCUGCAGGCCUCGGUGCUCCGUGCCUGGGGUGGUAAGAAGGAGAACCUUAAGGCCGCUCAGGAGGAGCUCAUCAAGCGUGCAAAGGCAAACGGAUUGGCUGCACAGGCAAAGUAUGUCCCCGGUUCGAUUCCCUCGUACGCCGCAAACGCUAGCUUGUUCGUGAAGUCGCACGCCUACUAGUAUCCUGUCCUGCCAUUCUCUGUGUUCCUCGCACUCGUCCAGACACAUCCAGAGGAAGGAAGACGUUGGUGAAUGUUACCGAUGGACGGAACAAUGGAUACGGAAAGCGCGGAAAAAAACAAACGGAUAAGCUAGCUGAAUAAUACGAUCGACAUUCGAACGAAAUAGAUGGAGAGAGAAACAGGGACUCAAUAAGCAUGUGAACCGUGCAGGACACUUUUUGGCCGUCUCAUUUUUUUGUUUGUUUUCAACUCGAACAACGAUUUACACACAUAUCAAAAUCCGAUACACACCUAAAGCACCACACAGGGAAACACAGAGAGUUGUUGAAUGUUGUUGUUUUUUUAAAUAAUGUUGUAUAACACACUUUUUUAAAUGUUAGAUUUGAUACGAUUCUCGCUUGUUAGUUUCUAAACAAAAGUGUUUUACUGUUCUCACAACCUGCUGAAUGUUUUGUAAACUUUCCACUGUUCGAUAGUAUAUAACAACCGUUACACUACAAUUGUUCCUAAUCUCUGCGUCUAUUAUAUUAAACCAUCAGUAUGUGCAAUGUUUUUUUUUAUUAAAUCGGAAGCGCACACAACCUCUGCUAGCCAAUGGUGGAUUAGUUCGUUAAUAAAUCAAUUGUAACAACAACAAAAAAUGACACCCAAACAAUUGAUUCGAAACCUAAUCCUGCAGCUGUACGUGCGGUUGUGUGUGUGUGUACUCAGGAAAGACAGCCUCUCGCUGUUGGGGGGCUACAUGCUGUGCGUAAGCCUACUUCGAAAACAAAGAUAUAUAAAUUGAUCAAUACCCGAAUUAACAAACAUCGCACGAAAAAAAUCGAUCGAAACGAAAGAAUGUACGCACAGCAGGUAGUCUGAGACCGCAGGAGUCAGAAAGAGGCGCGUGUACCCAUUGGAAAGUAAAAGUUUGUAUGAAAAAUAAAUUCGUUUGCCUGAAUGCCUUUAAAAAAAA